UCUCUACCUGUGCGGACUAGAAUGUAAACAAAGAUGGCCGAAGAUGUGGAAACAAAAGACAAAGCUAAGAAGACAAAGAAGGCCAGACCAAAGUCUGCAAAGGCAAAACAGGAAGAUGAAAUUCCACUGGCUGACAUGAAGUCCAACAGUUCUAAAUUUGACCAACUCCUGCAGCAGGCAGUAGACCAAGCCACCGAUGGAGCCAAAGCCAAAAAGAAGAAAAAGAAGAAGUCUGAGGCUGAAGCUGUGCUGGAAUCUCUGAGGAAAGGAGAAGGCCUGCAGAAGGAAGAAGACGCUGCAAUCAAAGCCAACACAUACGACCCCGACAAUAGUCCGAAAAAUGAGAAAAGUAACAAACGCAGGCAGAGGCUACAGGAACAAGCAAAGGACAAUUCAGCUUUUGUGAAUGAUGAUGACAAAAUAGAUAACAGCAAAAAGAAGAAAAAGAAAAAACCCACAGAAAAAUCUGACACUGACACCCUGAUUGAAGACAAAACUAUGACAAUAGACGAACUAGCCACAACACCGAAGAAAAAGAAAAAGCCACCAGAUGGUGAAAUCACAGGUGAUACACCAGCAAAGACUGUUAGGAAGAAGAAGAAGAAAGAAGCUGUAUCAGAAGACGAGAGACCUUUGUCUCCAGCAGAGAGUGAAGCAACAGAAACAGGGAAGAGAAAGAAAAAGAAGCCCAGUGCCAAAAGUGAAGAUGAGCAACCAUUGUCAGAACCUACCUCUCCUACAAGUUCAAUGACGGAAAAGAAGAAAAAGAAGAAGAAAGAGAUGGAAGAGAGUGAAGCGGAGCGUCCAAUGUCCCCCUCGGAGGAGUCAGUGACAACCCCGAAGAAAGCGAAGAAAAAGAAGAAGAAAGUGGAAGAGACUGAGGAUGAGGACAGCAGACCUAUGUCACCAUCUGAAGAAUCUGUUCUUUCUACUCCAACUAAAACUAAAGGAAAGAAGAAGAAGGGAAAAGAAGUUGAAGAAGAGAGACCGAUGUCACCAUCAGAGGAAUCUGUACCGUCUACAUCAACCAAAACUAAAGGGAAAAAGAAAAAGGGGAAAGAAUCUGAAGAAGAGAGACCGAUGUCACCAUCUGAAGAGUCUGUGACAUCAGAGAAAGUAGACAAAAAGAAGAAAAAGAAAGGCUCAAAGACAGAGGAGAAAGAUGAAGAGCAGACGGAGGAGAAGGCUGCUGGGAAAAAGAAAAAGAAGAAGAAGAAGGAGGAGGAUGAGGAGGAGGGAGAGGAGAGAGAGGAUGCAGAGGAGGAGGGAGAAGGAGAGGAGGAUUUAUCACCUGAUGAGGAAACAGAAGUUAAAAAGGCUGCAAAGAAAAAAGGCAAGAAAAAGAAGGAGGAACCAGUGGAUGAGGAAGAGUUGGAGAGGAGGCGUGAGGAGAGGAUGAGAGCAGAAGAUGAGGGAGAGGUUUUGUCAGUGACUGUCCACCGGACGGAUAAACUGAAGAAUGACUUCCACAUUCUCCAUCCACUAGUCAGGGUCCACAUUGUGGAUGAGGAGACAGGCAGCUACCUCCAGAAACAACACAAGGAUCGAGCGGUGACAACUUACUUUGAAACUGAGAAUGAACAAGUGGAUAAAAUCCUUCCAAUCAUGACACAGCCAUUUGAUUUCAAAGAGAGAAAGUCGGUGCUUCCUGUGUGGGAGGAGUUGCUGCUGUUCAACGAGAAUUUCAACUACUUCAUACAGACAAAUUUUAAAGUCCUUGUUUUAUUUGAGGUUCUUGACUUUGUGAGUAUGAACACUGCUAGCAGACAAUUCUCCAGUCAGAAGAGAGAGGGGGGAUGGUACAGGAUAGCCUGGGCCUUCUUAAAGGUUCGUGGAAAUAAUGACAAAUUAAACACAGGAUCUAAAGUGAGACUGCAGAUGUUUGUUCCUCCCACCAGCUUCAACUCCAAACCCGGCCAGGCAGAGAUCUACCAAUGGUGGAAGAGCAUGAAGAGGGAGCCAUAUCCAUCCACGCUGUAUGUCACCAUCAAAGGAAUCAGACCCCCGCGAGAUGUGGAACCCGCACUCAUGAGGUCCAUGUUUGCUACACAAGAGGAAGUUGGUUCUCGUACCUACACCGAUCUGAAGAAAAGUACGCAGUGGGGAGAGAGGAAAACGGGAGAGCAUAAGACUUUGUCCUCCUGGUCACGAUUGGCUGGCCAAACCUGCCGUAUACCAAACACCCUCCAUGCGACUCUGCCCGCAGGAAAGAAGGGCUGUUUUGUUGUCAGAUUCUCGCACGAUGGGAGGAGUUUGGCAUGUGCUUGUAAUGACAGAGACCAAUAUCCUAUAUUUAUUUACGAGCUGCCAUCUAUGGAAUUGAAGGGGAAACUAAAAGGCCACUUUGGUUUGGUGUACGACUUGUGCUGGUCAAAGAGAGACACACACCUUUUGACUGCUUCAUCAGAUGGAACAGCAAGGAUUUGGAAUAUGGACAAUUUUGACUCCUCAGAAAAACUCCUGCCCCACCCUGGUUUUGUAUACACAGCCAAAUUUCACCCCCGUUUGGACUCCGUGAUCGCCACAGGAGGGUACGAUCAGGUGAUUAGGGUGUGGGAUGUCAGUGGUACGGAACCGCACGGAGUGUUGAAACAGGAAAUAGAGGACCACAGAGGUCACGUGAACACAUUGAUAUUCGAAGAUGAUGGAGGAAAAAUGUACUCUGGUGACAGUGUUGGAAAUGUCCUGAUCUUCAAUGUGUUUGUCGGCGAACAAGAACCCAGAUUAGGAUGGGAGAGAGACUGGACAAUCUUCCAGAAAAUAUUGGAUCCUGAACUUAGAGAUGUCCCCAUCAACUGUUUGACCCUUCAUCAGAAUGGACGGAGACUCCUGGUGCACAGCAGGGACAACAUCAUAAGAAUGUUUGACCUCAGGGUACAAAGAGUGAUGCAGAAAUACAUUGGGGCCCUGAACUUUAGAGAGCAGAUCCAUAGCACCCUGACUCCGUGUGGGUCGUUUGUCUUUGCUGGUAGUGAAGACAACUUAGUCUGUGCAUGGAACACAGAGACUGGUGACCAGGUGGCCAUGUUCUCGGAGUUGAAUUACCAGCAUCCCGUGACAGAUGUGGAGUAUCACCCUAGAGACCACAUGAUGGCGUUGUGUUCCCUUGGCGACAACCAACCAAUCCUCAUCUACAACUAUAAUCCACGCGUUGCUCAGAUAGAUGCUGGGCUGUCACCACGACACAUCACUGUUCCGGAGUACAGAGAAGCAGAGGAAGUGCCAUCCACAACUGCAUUCCUAGGGUCCUCCAGAAAGGAUGACACCCUGCCGACAUCGACAUCCUCCAACUCAAAGGUUCUGACUAAGGACGAGUUCCAAGCCCAUGCUACGGCCAGAUUUGAGAAAAUCAUGAGAAAACUCAACAGUGCUACGGCUCAGAUGGCAGCUUCUCCGUCCAUGGAUCUUCCCGGUGUUCCAGUUUCCACCCCCCGUAUAGGUCAUACUGGACUAAUGAUGGAGUCCAUGACACCCAGAGCCAUGCUGGCUUCUCCGCAGGCAUUCUCACCCCAUUCUUCCCGAACACUAACCAGCAUUAUGCAACAGCAGCAGUUCACCAAUCAGAAUCUGUACAUGAAGUCAGGUGACUCAGACUGGAGGCCUGGAUUUACGGAGGUUGGCCGUCAUGGUGCUAGGAGCUCUAGUCCAACAUUUAUAGGCAGACCCCCAACAAUAUCUCUAACACAGCAACAAGGUGGCAAAGCUCAGUUCUCCUUCCAAGCACCUGCUGGAAAGUCAGUCAGCCCAAAACAGGUUGUAGCUUUGUAUGACUACCGAGCACAGCGAUCAGAUGAGUUGACCAUAUUUAAAGGUGACGUCAUUACUGUACUGUACAAAGACAAUGACAACUGGUGGAUGGGAGAACUGCCCGAUGGUCAGCAGGGAUUCUUCCCGUCCAGCUAUGUGGCUGAGGAAGAGUCUGAGAGCAUUGCUGACAAUAUUCCUGUAGAUGACAGUGAUGAUGAUGAUGAAAAAGUAGGCAAGAAAAAGUUCACAGCGUACAGAACGAAAACGGGGGAGCUGAAGUUUUUGUCAGGUGCUGAGGAAUCAGAUGAGGAUUUACUGGAGGCCAAACCAAAAAAGAAGACCAGGGGGCAGGAGCUGGAUGAAGUGGGAUCCACUGGGAGCCGGGACAGCAAGGGAAAGAAGAAAAAACAGGUGGUCAUUAACGAGUCAACUGCCUGAGUGAUUAAAAACCGUCAAAGCAGAAAGUUACAUGUAGAUAUUAAAAACACGAAGUCCAUAUAAUGCAUCACUGAUUAAAGCCAGAAUUGUCAAAUCAGUUAUCUGUAACCUUCAGUUGUGAUAUAUAUAUUGGAUAUAAAACUGUUAAAUAUUGUUGUGUAUGUAAUUUAGUUUUUGUACAUGUAUUUCCUUUUCCCCCAUAAUUGACCAAAACAUGUAAUUUUUCAUUUACAUUUAUACAUCUAGAAAGCUCAAAUCAAUUUUUUUUUUAAAUCCUUCGAGUUUUAUUUGUUGAUUUUUGAAUUGAUAUGUGUUGUACUCAAGGAUCAAAAGAACUUUAGAAAAUGGUGCUCUGUAAGGUUAAUAUAAUUGUAGAAUCAUGACAUUUCUGUCAUGAUAAAACUUGGAAGAGAGCUACUGUUCUGGAGAGUUAGUUCUGGAUUUCUCUGCUAAUUAACUCUCUGCUAAUUAAGGACAUUUGAUAAUAUUGUGUAAAUAUUUCAUCUAACAGGUUGUAACCAAUGUGCCAAAGAUAUUUCUUGUACAUAGUUCUAAAAUGAUAUUUAAUAUUUUUAUAACAUGAUUUUAAAUGUGUCAGCAGGUAUGUUAUGUUUAUUUGUACAUUAACUUCUUAUUGAUCUGUAAAAUUCUCAUUCUACGUGUGCCAGCUGGAAUCGUCCUCCAUUGAUAUUGUGCAGUACCCUGUGAAGAAACAAGGAGUUUAUUGUAAUCUCAGUUUGUCUUGGGUAAAUGAAUAAUGGUUAGUGAAAUCAUCUCUCCAAAUUGUCAGGUUCUGCAGAUUUUUACUCACAUUAAAAGUUAUUACGUGGUUUUAAAAGAGAGUUUAGACAGUUUUAUUGACAAAUUGGACGAGUCUUAGCAUUGAUAAUGCAAUUACACCUUAUAACAAUACUAUCCAAUCAAUAGUCAGCGAAUAAAUAAAACAUCAAAAUAUUUACACAGAUAUGAUGUUAAAAAGAUAAAUUUUCUGUCAGUCAAUUUAUAAUGUAGAAAAUUGAGUUCCCAAUCAUUGAUUAUUAAUAGACUGUAAAUUAUAGUCUGUUUGUGAGGAUAAAUUUGAAGAUCCGUCUAUAGCAAAAGGGUUUUUUAUACAAUCCCUAGACACUUUUUGAUAGAAGGCGUGAAAUUAUUCGAUAUAAGUUAUUUGUGUUUAUUCUCUUUGCACCCCCUACCCCCUUUUAGGGGUGGGGGUGUAGUAAAUACAGAUUCAUAUAAAUUUUGUAAUGGGACCUAUUUUGGUGUAGAUACAGAUUUCUUUAGAUUUUUUGUAAGAUCCUGUUUAUAAACAAUCUCCAUUGAUACUAUGCUCAUAACUGUUUCACAAUUCAUGCUGUUUAUUGUGUUUUAUGACUUUUUUGUUCAUCUGAUAGAGUGCUCUAAGUUUGCUAAGUAAUUAGGGAUCAUUAUUACAAUGUGAUUUAUCAAUUAGCUUAUAAAUUUAUAGAUUAUACAAAUGUACUCUGUAGUCUAAAAUAUCUCAGAGGUUGGUACUAGUAAGUUGUAGAAAUUUAGCUAUGCAUUUACAUGUAGUUGCAUGUCGGAUAAAGCCAGCACAAAUUCUAUGCAAAACUGAGGUUUGUGAUGACUUAUUGUGUGUAGAUCAAUGUUUUAAAGUGAUGUAAUUCCAACAACAGAAAAAUAUAUUUCAAAUCGUAA